AUGGCGCGCGGCUCGUGUGGCUGCUCCACGCUCGUGCCCGUGUCCCUGCUGCUGUUCGCGCUCGUGACCCUCCUGCUGCUCACGCUGUCCACGCGGGACCUGCCCGGGACCCCUGGCUUCACGUUUGGGAUCGUGCUGGACGCCGGCUCGUCACACACGACUCUGUACGUUUACAAAUGGAGAUCGGACAAACAGAACGGAACCGGGAUCGUGUCCCAGCACAGCGAGUGUCAUGUCAAAGGCGGGGGAAUCUCCAGUUACGCCGGGGAGCGUGGAGCGGCGGCGCAGAGUCUGGAGCCGUGUCUGGACCAAGCUCUGAGCGACGUCCCCAAAGAGCGGCACCGGAGCACCCCUGUGUACCUGGGGACCACCGCGGGCAUGAGGCUGCUGCACAUCUCCAGCCCGCUGCAGUCGGCUCAGAUACUGGAGGAAGUGCAGCAGAAGUUGCGUUCGUAUCCCUUUGACUUCAGGGGAGCGGCCAUUUUGAGCGGAGCGGAAGAGGGAGCGUUCGGCUGGGUCACGGUCAACUACCUGCUGGAAAACUUCAUCAAGUAUAGUCUGGUGGGCCGCUGGUUUGGUCCGGACCGGGGCACGGUGGGAGCGCUGGAUUUGGGCGGGGCCUCUACACAGAUAACGUUUGUCACUGAGGACGAGGUGGAGGAGCGGACGGACUCACUCAAGCUGCAGCUGUACGGACGCCACUACAGCCUCUACACACAUAGCUACCUCUGCUACGGCCGCGACCAGCUGCUCAAGAGGACCCUGGCCCACCUCGCCGCGACACAGGGAGUGUCCAGCCAAGUCACUCACCCGUGUUUCCCCGCUGGCUUCAGUCAAAGCGUCCCUCUGAAAAGCAUCUUCUCCUCCCCCUGCACCUCCUCCUCCAGGCCCCAGGACCCUCACACCGACCCCCAGGCAGAGCUCAUGGUCCAGGGCUCAGGAAACUACCAUCACUGCGUGGGGAACAUCACACAGAUCUUCUCCUUCGACAAAUGCGCCUUUUCUCACUGUUCUUUCGACGGGGUCUUCCAGCCGAACGUCAGCGGUAGCUUCAUGGCAUUUUCUGCUUUUUACUACACUCACUCCUUCCUGCUGAAAGUCACCGGUGUGAACGUGAGAACUCCUGAACAACUGGAGGAAGCAACGAAGAAGAUCUGUGGCCUGAACCUCGACCAGCUGCUGCUCGCGGCUCCAGAGCAGGAGUCCCGUCUUCAGGAUUACUGCAGCUCAGCCGUGUUCAUGCAGGUGCUCAUGCUCCGAGGAUACGGCUUCGACCAGAACUCACUCCCACAGGUUUCUUUCCAGAAGAAGGUGGGCGACACCUCCAUGGGCUGGGCUCUGGGCUACAUGCUGACCCUCAGUAACCUGCUUCCUGCAGAGAGUCCUGGACUGACCAAAGCCCUGACGCCCGGAGCCUGGGGGACACUGUUGUUCCUCGCGGCCCUCCUCCUGACGCUCGCUCUGGGCUUCAGUCUGUGGAAAGUCUGCGGAGGGAAAGAGGAGAGCAACGACAGCCCCAUCUGA